ACCCGCGCCUCUUCCCCCGCCCACACCCUCUCCUCGCGUUCCCACCCCUUCCGCGCGCCCGCUCCCCGCACCCCUUCUCCGCGCAUCACAGCCUCUCCCUGCGUCUACCCCUUACCUGUGCCCUCUCUCCGCGCUCUCAACCCGCGUCCCCCCUUUCCCGCACCCUCAGCCCUUUCCCGCGCGUCACCCUGGCCCCGCGCCCCACCGUCUGUCUCCCCACGUCCGCCCCUGAGCCCUUCUCCGCGCCCCACGCUCUCACCAAGCCUGAGCCCCGGCCCGGCCCGCAUCCCCUGCCCAGCAACCAGGCCCCCUUUUGGCGGCGGCGGCGGCGGAGGAGGCCUACGGCUUGCCUAGCUGGCGACCGAGCUCGCGACCGGGGCCGCAGGCCGAGCGGGCUGAGUGGCUGUUCCCUGGCUUGAACUCCUAGUUGGCCGGGUCGGGGUCUUCAUCUUUCAGCCCCAAGUUAGUCGCAUGCCUUUGAAAAGCGCCGUCAGGCUCCACCGCCAUGAAGGUGAAGAUUAAGUGUUGGAAUGGCGUGGCCACUUGGCUCUGGGUGGCGAACGACGAGAACUGUGGCAUCUGCCGGAUGGCUUUUAAUGGCUGCUGCCCAGACUGCAAGGUGCCGGGCGACGACUGUCCCCUGGUGUGGGGCCAGUGCUCGCACUGCUUCCACAUGCACUGCAUCCUCAAGUGGCUCAACGCGCAGCAGGUGCAGCAGCACUGCCCCAUGUGCCGCCAGGAGUGGAAGUUCAAGGAGUGACGCGGCCCCUCCGGGCUGUGACUGGGUUGACGCGAGGACUGGAGCUGCAUUUGUUUUCCAUCAAGUGUUGACACUUUUAUCCAAUA